AUGCAACAGUUGAGGAGCAGCCAUUUCUAAUUAGGCCAAACCGAUUAAAAAAAUUAGUUCACUUCAACCAUGAAAAUGAAUUUUAAAGGAGAUAAAGUAAAUGAUUAAGCCACUGGAGUUGGAGAUAAAUUGAAUUUAAGAGGAGUGCAUUUUCAUUUAGGAGAGUCAAAACCUUCAUAUAACACAAUUUUCAAGACUGACUUUUAGGGUAAACAAAUAGGUGAACCUGCUACCUUAAAUGAAGAAAAAAAAAAUGACUUGAGAACAAAUCAUUUUGUGCUUGGCCAUCAAUAGGCUCAAUAAGUAUCAAUUACAAGAGCUACUUAUAAUGAAAAACCGCUCCAACCAGGAUUAUAAAAUGAAUAAGAAAUACAAAAAAAUAAAAUGAGAUCACAUCAUCAUAAUUUCGCGGAAAGUUCUCAUAAGAUGAUGCAAACAAACUAUAACUAACAAUAUUAACCUCAAUAAUUAGAACCCAAACAGGAUUUAGCCGAAAGAGCAAGAUAACUAAGAGUUUCCAAUAUAUUUCUGGGAAAGGAGUAAGUUCCCAUGAUUACAGCCUAAUAAGAAGACUACAAUAAGAAGGAAGGAGGAGCUUAGGCUUCAUUCAAACCAGGAUUUCAAUCAACUCAUUUUAAUUUUGGCAAUGCGAAUACUGAUUUCAAAACCAUGAAUCAAGAAUUUUUCCAUCAGUAGGAAAUAACAUCAAACCCAUUUGCAGAAGAAAACCGAUAAAAUCUCAGAGCAACUCAUUUUACAUUAGGAAAAGACAAUUAACCAUAUCAAUCUGAAUAAAUGUCACAUUUCAGACCACAUUCAGAAAAUAAGAUUAACUAUAUCAAUAACACUGCUGCCUUAUAAGGAAGCCAUUUUACUAUUGGAGAUCCAAGAUUUAUGAAUCAUAAAACUUAAACAUUUUAUAACACCACUAUGAAACCACCUGAAUAAUAGUAGCAUUAAUAGGCAAGAGAUUAGUAAAUGGAUCGAGGAUCUAACUUUAAAGUUGGAACAGAUAAUAUAUCAUAUAGAUCAGAAAUGCAAUCCAAUUUUAAAAAUCCAUCAGGAUAACCUGCAUAAUUAUCUGAAAAACUAUUAAAAGAUUUACGAUCUUCUCAUUUUGGUUUGAAUGAUAAUGUUAGUAAAAAUACUUAUUUGACCACCAAAUAAGCGGAAGCAUUAAAUCAAUAAUAAGGCUAACCAAAUAAGCUAGAUCCACAUGCAAGUGCAAAUUUAAGAUCUCAUCACUUCAACCUUGGUUAGACAAAAGGAGACUUAAUUUCAUAAACACAUGAUAUACAUAGACCAUUAAUAGGAAAGCCAAAUACAUUAAAUUAAUAGUAAGCAAAUAAUCUAAGAAAGCAUCAUUUCGCAUUAUCAUGA